AUGUCAUAUUUUUUCUACUUUGAAGAACAAUAGAAUGAGAUUAUUGUUGGAAUUUUAGUAUUUUUAUCAAUCUGCCUGGUUGUAAUAUUAUAACUUUCACUGUAAAAUAAUAUAUAGCUUUAGAAUAAGAUAAAGUGCUAAAUAGAAAAUUAUAUAUGAACAAAGUUAUAUAAAAUAGUCUGUAGUGGAAUUUGAAUAAAAUAAAUAGUAGCUAACAAAAUAUCAUAUUUAAAAAUUGCAAUAGAAUCCUAAGUUUAAAGAAUGGCAAUCAUAUUCUUAAAAUAUUUGA